AUGAGAAUCCUUCACAUUUCAGGUGGGGUCGUAAUCACCCUUGUAAUACUUGCAGCUGUACACAAGAAGUUGUGUAGAAGGUUUAAACUGAUGCAGGGGGCGAAAGGAGCCGAGGAACAAUCCAGCCAGACGUGGGACUUCUCUGAAGGCAAGGAGGCGAUGUCUUAUGCUUUCCAUAACCGCAACUACCGAGGACCUUCACCCUGGGACAAAGAGGAUACUUCAUCUUAUAGUCAACCAGACACCAUGGGGAACAAUUUCAUAUGCCAUAACUGCAGAAAGACUUUCCAUCAAAGAACCAACAGCAGGGGUAUUCAGCCUAAUAUUGAAGAAGAAUGGUCAACAUAUAUGGACAGUGACCAAUGGAAGGAUGCUGAUGUUUGUCCAUCAAGGAGCAAAGAUGAAGAUGGUAGAGCUCAAAGACAUAUUGUGAAAGGUAUCAGUGGCUUUAACACAGAUCAUCGCAGACAACCAGUUUCAAGACAAGACACGUCAACCAUGAGAUUGCACCAGAUAGCUCUGAGAAGACACAUAUCCAUCGCCCAGAGACAAACAUUCAUUCCUGAGGACCAACUAAACCCCCAAAUGGCAUUCUUUAAGCAUCAACAUGGAGGAUAUGGUAGUCUACCAGUACAACACUAUCAUCAAACAGAUGACAUCCAGGACAAUAUGUCUAGAAAUCAAGAAGAGAGUAUACUUCCCAGAAGCUCCAAGGUCAUUGUGUACAGAGAUAUUUUAAAUUACAACCAGUCUAACAUGGACCACCAGGGUGGAAAUCAAACAAGAGUGCAGAGAAGCGUAACCUUUGAUUUGUCCAUGGAACGUGCCCUGUUUGUAUCUAGAAAAGAAGGUCCCUACAAAAUCAGCAAGACAAAAAUGUCUAAAACUCUUGGACAGAAAAGUCCAGGCAAGGUUUCCGCCAAAGGAAACAAGAGCAGCACUCACUCAAGACAUUCGAAAAUCCAUAAAGCAAGAUCUCAAGGAAGUAAUAAACCAAAGGUCAAGUUAAAUCUGAGCCCUCUCAGAAAAAGUCAGGUUCACCCCAAGUCUGGUUCUAACCAUGAGGUCAAUGAUGUCAAGAGAAGCUCCAAAAAGAUCAAGAAAGACAAAUCUCAAAAGAGCGUUGUGAAAAAGAACAGUAAAGGAGGAGAGAGUGAAGAAAAAUCCAAGAAGGCCAAGAAGUUGCAAUGUGAUGAAAGUUUAACCAAUCUAGAUGAAACUUUAGAAAAUUUAGAAAAGAAUCCAGAGGAACCGUGUUCACUGAUGCAGACUUCAAAUCUUUUAGCAGAAAAUAAUGAACCACUUGGUACAGCAAAUACUACAGACCCUCAAGUCCCAACCCUGGAUCUGAGCCUGGCAGUGAGCACACCAGAAGAUGUCAGGAGUCUGCAGAAAGAGCUUCCACCUGAUGAAGUAGAUCUUUCAAAUGACUCUAUGACCCUAGUGUCCUCAACAGUCUCCGUUGUCCAGGAGUACCUGUCAUCUGGUGAUGGUUCACCCAAAAGGAAGCUUAGACUGAUUGUUCCUGAGAAAAGCUCCAGCAGGCCCCAGACUGCACUGGAGAAGAAAAUCAGAUAG